AAAUGUUGGCUAAUAUUAAUAAAAAAAUUUGUUCUUAGCAUUUCUCUCUUGUAAAACAUUCCUUUUUAUGCGUGGAUAUAAUUGUAAUUUUAUUUUGUUAACACCACUAUAGCACUAUUUCCCUUCCGGAAAUGGUAGAGUAGCAUCAGCCACUUUUUUUUUUCUUCUUAAACUCGUUGUAUUUAGUUAGUUACCGACCACACACUCCAUCGUCACUCUCUGCUCAGCCCACCACCGUCAUCGGCGACAGUCCACAGCACCUAACAUGGAGCCUGAAGACGACAAGUCAGAAACAUCGACAACCAUCAGCACCCUACCGGACUCGAUCCUCUGCAACAUCCUCUCCUUCCUCCCAACCAGAACAUCCAUAGCCACCAGCGUCCUCUCCCGCAGGUGGCGCCACCUCUGGAAGCACCUCCAUGUCCUCAACCUUGACGGUUACUCCUUUAACACCCCUGAACUUUCACGAGACCACGUAGAAGAUCGCUUCGUUGAUUUCGUCAACGAGGUUCUACAACAGGUUCAAGUUCGUCGCAUCCAGAAGUUCCGCCUCGAGGGUGAGGUGCGAAAUUACUCCUGUACCCUCUCAUUCUGGAUCGACGCCGUUACUUCCGGGCCUCACCUCCAAGAACUGUACCUCUCUCUUUGGAACUCCAGUGGCUCCUUUUACACAUUACCUUACAGUGUUUUCUCUUGCACCUCACUGGUCUCACUCAUCUUGAAAGGUGAUAUUAUUGUUUCUUUUGAUAAUCUUCAAUCUCUUCAGUUGCCAUCUCUCAAGAACUUAGACUUGGAAAUAAUCUCUACUGAACUUGACAAGCUUUUAUCUCUCUGCCCUGCGCUUGAAACUCUAAAGGUCUUUAUAUUCUUUAAUUCCGGUGGCAUUGAUCCAAAUGAAAUCCACGUGCCUCGUUCUUUGAAGAGAUUAACUCUCGAGAGCGAAGCUUGCGAUUCGACGGUUGAUCAUCUUGAGAUACACACGCCGUCUCUUGAGUACCUUGAUAUUGCUUUAGUAGCUUGUUACUCGCAGAUUUCGGUUAGGACUUAUCCGAACCUGGUUGAAGCAUGUCUGAAUAUUUGUUUUGAUGAUAUGCAUAUUGAUUGGAUGCCCAAGCUUCUCAAUGCAGUCUGCAGAACAAAAUUUCUUGCCUUGCAAGCUUCAACAACCGCGUGUUUGAUUUGUGUUCCAUCUCUAGAGUUUCCCCAAUUCUUCUGUUUGGUUAGGCUGCAAAUUGGUUUUGAAUUUUUCAACUCCAGAGUGCUAAUAGACUUGCUUCACUGUUGUUGCAAGCUUGAAGCUCUCUUAAUUCAUGCAUGUGAGUCGGUAAGUUACGGUUGCUUGUAUGGGGAACCUGUUGAACCUAGCAGUUGGACACAACCGGUGAGUGUUCCAAGUUGUGUCGUAUCACACCUGAACAUUAUUGAGUUUAGAGAUUAUGAAGACUUGGAAGAGGAGCAUGAAUUCAUUGCAUAUGUUAUAGAAAGAGGACUUGUUUUGAAGACAGUAACAAUUCAUACUAGGACUUUUACUGAUCAAGAGAUAAAAGAUCAUAUUCUCAAAAAAUUGUCUGUUGUCCCAAUGGGCUCAAGCAUUUGCCAACUUAAACUUGACUAAAGGUUCGGCAAAAGAAAAUUAUUUAGGAGUAUACUCGUUGUUGCUGCAUUAAGAAGAGCAUAGUUUCCUCCUUUGAUAUAUAUUAUUGUGCAGUGUAAAAUGUGUAAAUAGUCAUUCACAAGGAUAUUCUGUGAGUUGGAGUAGUUUAUUUUUUGGCUAUGGAUCCAUUAAAUGGACUGAA